GCCCUAAAGACCCGAUCUCCGGGGUUCCUCCCCGCCCAUGAGUAGCUUCAGUGAGUCCGUCAGCAGAACAUCCAGAGUUCUCUCUGCAGCUGGAAUCCGAGAUCUUCUCACCGGAGUCCGGAGCCAGUGUCCCUACUGAUGCUGGAGGAAACAUCUCGGAAAUCCCAUCUUGAGCCACCGUUUUCCAGAUCAUGAGGUGACCUUAAAGCCACAACAAUGGAGGACAUGUGGAGUGUGGCUGGAGUCAUUUUCAAGCUGUGGAUGUUCAUGGUGGUGUUCUUCAUCAUGCUGCCUGCUAUGUUUGGCCUCUCUCUGGGAGUGACUGGGGUCUACAACCUGAUUCUGGUCAAAAUCCUUGAGUGGGCUACAGUUCGCAUCCAGAGAGGACAGCAGGAGCGGCUGAAUGCACCCGUCCCUUUGCUCACAGGAAUUAUAGAGCGAGCAGAGAGCUCAAUGGAAGAGGAGAUGGGAGAGCUGCGCCGCUCCAGGCCCUUUGCUGCGAAAGAAUUUGUGCUGAGCGAUGUCAUGUACUUCUACAAGAAGGGUGUGGAAAGUAUUGUGGAUGAUCAGGUGACACAACGCUUCUCCUCUGAGGAGCUGGUCUCCUGGAACCUGCUGACCCGCACUAAUCAGAACUUCCACUACAUCAGCCUCCGCCUCACCAUCAUCUGGGGCCUCGGAGUAUUUGUGCGAUACUGCAUCCUCUUACCUCUCAGGAUCACUCUGGCCAUUAUUGGCCUCUCGUGGCUUGUGAUAGGAACAACUCUGGUUGGAUUCCUGCCUGAGAGCAGUGCCAAGAACUGGCUGAGUGAGCUGGUCCACCUAACCUGCUACAGGAUCUGUGCCAGAGGACUUUCUGCUACCAUUCACUACCACAACAAGGAAAACAGACCUCAGAAAGGAGGAAUAUGUGUUGCAAAUCACACCACACCGAUAGAUGUGGUGAUUCUAGCCAACGACGGCUGCUAUGCGAUGGUUGGGCAGAUUCAUGAAGGACUGUUGGGGGUCAUUCAGAGGUCCAUAGUGAGGUCUUGUCCCCAUGUUUGGUUUGAGAGGUCAGAGAUGAAAGACCGACAUGCUGUGACCAGCAGGCUAAGAGAUCACAUCAAAGCAAAGACCAAACUUCCCAUUCUCAUAUUUCCUGAAGGAACCUGCGUCAACAACACUUCAGUCAUGAUGUUCAAGAAGGGAAGCUUUGAAAUCGGAGGGACAAUUUAUCCAGUAGCUAUUAAGUACGACCCUCGAUUUGGUGAUGCUUUCUGGAACAGCAGCAAGUACAACAUGGUCAGCUACCUUCUGCGCACAAUGACCAGCUGGGCCAUAGUGGUCAACGUGUGGUAUCUUCCUCCCAUGAGCAUACAGGAUGGUGAAGAUGCAGCACAUUUUGCUAGCAGGGUCAAAGCUGCCAUUGCCCAUCGGGGGGGCCUGCUGGACCUUGAAUGGGACGGAGGACUGAAGAGAGGAAAAGUGAAGGAUUCAUUUAAAGAGGUGCAGCAGAAGAUGUACAGCAGCAUCAUUGUGCAACAGAACAGCUUCAGCCUUCCAGAGACGAGCUAAACUACAGGAAACUGAUGAGCCUGGACCACCUGAGCAGGCUCUCCGUUCAGCCUCGGGUUCUGGUCCAUAGCUGGUGAUCUGGAGCUGCAGGAAUGUAUUGCUGCCAGCAGGAGGCAGUAUGAGACAAGACAACUAUGUCAUGCUUCUUCCUCGUCAUCGAUAUGCUCUCCUUCAGGCCCAAUGUGUCCAGAGGUCGUAGAGCGUUACAUGACACGUCAUGUCUCUAUUAAGGUCAAGUUCACCACAGUAACCAUGUUCAGUGUAUGUGAGGAGGUCGGAUUUCUGAUUCUUGAAUUAAAUCACAACCUCUCACAAAUUAUACAGAAAGAAAAUGUGAAACAUUCAGCAUGUUUGUUCACUCAGUAUCCACUUUCACAUCUGCACGAUAUUUUAAUUGUUUUAGUUUUUAUUAAAAUGUUUUUAUUUGUGGUUUUCUUGAUUUAUAUGAUGUAAAUCCUGCACUGAUUUAAUUCAGCGCAUACUCCAGUUAUGUACUGAAGACAGACGCUUCAACCAUACAGCUUACAAGUUCAGUGUCAGGUUUCAACACCGAGGCCGACGGGAAAAGCAGGAAUCUGGAGAAGCGACAACACUAAAGAAACUAACUGAAACUUUAAACUUCUACUUGGUGCAACGUGCAAAAGGCCAGCCCAAAAGAAUUACCGUUCAUCUGAAAGAAGAAAUAAUUUCCAACAGUUUAAGUCAGAUUUAAGAAGUAAUCCACAAUAAUAACACAACUUAUAUUGUCUGAAUCAUUUAUCAGAAUAACUGCAGGCGGAGAUUUAAAAGUUAAUUUCUGCCACAAAGAAUCAAAAUGUGAGGACGACAAAGAGAAGGAGGUUCACAUCAGAGCAUGCCUCGAUGGCAUUUGUUUAACUUGUUGUUUCAGAUGUUUAGACGUCUUCUUAGCGAGCAACGAAAAUGACUGAGCUCCUAAACAUUGUUGUCCUUUUCUGGCGGUAUUUAUUGAGAUGGUACAGGAAGCUUUAAGUGGAUCUUUUGUGUCUGCAGAUUUUAAAAGCAAAAACAAACAAAAACAAUUCAUCAGAAAAAGAACUGAGAAAAAAAAACAAUAAAGGAUCAAAGACAGA